AUGCUUUUCUGCAGUUGUACUGCUCACAGUUGUAUUUGCAAGCUAGCCAUGGAAGACAACAAUGAUGAGCAUAAUGUAUCUCUUCCUCAGGAUAUCCAGCACACCAUUCUUGCUUCACUACCUGCUAGGGUUGUUCUCAAGUUUCGCACAGUGUGUAGAUUCUGGCGAGACUGCAUUCAAGAACCCAAUUUUGUUGAUCGUCACCUCAACAAUGCUCUCCGCUCCCACCAGUCCAUUGCUUGCUUCACCUCGGUUGAUGAGGGUCUUGUCUGCAUGUACACAUUGGAUCUCACCACACUGAACUGCAAAAGAAUGGAUCUCGUGUUGUCGAGUAGGUUUCAGAUGUCAGACCCCUGCCAUGGCUUGGUGUGCGCCUAUGAUUUAAAAGGCGCUGUUGAGGUGUUGAAUCCAACAACAAGGAUACAUUUGAGACUGCCAGUUUCAGAACUCCAAUCACUAGCUUCAGAAUAUUUUCUUGGACCUGCGCCUUCAACAAAAGAGUACAAGGUGCUCUGUGUCCACCACCGGGUGCGGUUCUUGACAUUUGAAGUAUGCACUGUUGGCACACAGUCAUGGAGGGCAGUGCGCGAAUCCGCAGCCCUCCUGAAGACAACAAAGGCGGUCAUUGUUAAUGAUGUCAUGCAUUGGCUACUUCUUGAUGAGAUAUCCUCCCAUUUUACUCGGAACAUCUUGUCGUUCAACCUGACAGAUGAGAUGUUCUCAGAAACUGCUGUCCCUGAUGCUGUAAAAGACCGUGAAUUGCACCUGUUUGAGGGGGGAGGAAAGCUUCAUUUGCUGGCAAUGCCCGGUGAGGGAUCAGCACCUAAAACCUCUGAGAUUUGGGUGGCGAACUCGACCUGUGCAGUCUGGGACCACAUGUGCAACGUCGCUUUUGUGCUACCUUUGGGCAUGAGGCCACUUUUCCUGCACAACAAUAAGCUCUUCUAUUGCAACCAAAGAAGAUUCUACUAUGUUGAUCUUCAGGAUGGGAGUGGUUCCUAUCUCAACAUGCCUUUUGGCGAGUGCAUCAUAUCAGCUGGGAUUUUCGUGGAGAGCCUCGCUCUACAUUCUGUGACUGGCCUGGUGGACUCCAGAACAAUGCUUCAAAGAACUCAUGAUGCUAGAUCAUUUCCAACAGGGCGUGGACCAUCUGCUCGUGGCGCUGGAUCGUCCUCAGCAGGCCCUCGGCGAUCUUUCAAGAAGGCAAAGAGCAAUAUAAACAUGCAGUGGAGAGAUGAAGAAGAAAUAGACCAUGGGGGUGGGUCAGGGACAGGGUAG